AUGCCGCCUUUUGUCUCCCGAAAGCGUCAGCACUCGCCUGAACCCUCGCCCUCGGCAAAGCGACAAGCUCUUUCGAAGUCUGCCUCGAAACGAUCAAAGCAAUCGCUGUUUGACGCCAUCGACUCACCCGACCGGCCCGUAAAAUCAGCAGAAGAGACAGACAGAUACCUAAAGACCCUCGACGACGAGGAUGAGGCUGGCUCAUCUCUUAGCCAAGUCGACAGCGAUGAGUUCGAGGAUGUGCCUACGACCAGCAAGCCGCACGCUGCUGCCCCUGUAAAAGACGAAGAUCAGGACGAGGACGAGGACGAAGACGACGAUGAAGAUGGAGACGAAGACGAGAUGGAAUGGGAGGAUGCGAUAGGCGAAGGUCCAUCAACAGCGACUGCUCCGGAGGAACCUGAGAUUGGAGAUGUCUCCAUCACACUCAAAGAGGACGGGAGCUACGUGGAGCCUCUGGUGUCUUUAGCUACAGGGAAGAAGGCCCCGUCCAAGAAAGAGCGUCGUGCAAGGUUCUUGACUCAUUGCCUACAUGUGCAGUCUCUCAUGUGGCACAAUACGAUGCGAAACUCAUGGUUAAACGAUGGAGAGGUUCAACAGACGCUGGUGGAAGGGUUGACAGACGGGGUGAAGCGUGAGAUUACACGCUGGAGAGAGGCGAUGGGAACUUUGAGCCAGGAAGAGCUCGACGCGAAGAAGAAGCAAGCUGCAGCGAAGAACAAAGGCAAGCGAGGUCGUAAAGGCAAAGACAAGAGCAGUGGCAGGGAUUGGAACUACGAUGCGCAGCACUCGGAGCAGGGCGUUCCAAAUCUGAGUGGAGGAGAUCCUCUGUUGCGGUUGCUAAAAGUCUUGGCCGCCUAUUGGCGCAAAAAGUUCACUGUGACGGCUCCAGCCUUUCGCAAGCUUGGGUAUAUGCCACUCAAGCGACUACGUGAGGAGAUCAAGGGUUGGCAGAAUGAUCGAGACAAUGCUGAAGAGCAUGGUGAACGAAUCGAGGACGUAGCAGAGUUCCGCAAGCUGGCGAAGAAGUGCGAAGGCUCAAGGGAUGUUGGUGGUCAGCUUUUUGUCGCGCUCUUGAGAGGCAUCGGUCUGGAUACGAGGAUGGUGGCUAAUCUUCAGCCCGCCGGAAUUGGAUGGAGCAAAGCUGAGGAAGCUGAUCCCAAGAAGUCGAAGAAAGAUCAGAAGGUAGAGAAGGAGGAGGAGAAGGUGAAGGGCCAGUUGGAGCCUGUGGAAGAGUCAAAAUCUGCAGCGAAGAAGAGAGCUGCCAGCAGGUCACAGAAGAAGCUCAAGGAGGAGAAGCCUAAGCGAACAUCCACUAGGGGCAACAAGGGUCAACCUAUCAACCUGGAUGAAUCAGACAGCCCGCUGAGCGAGCUCUCUUCUGGUGCUGAGAUUGUUGGAGAGGCCGAAGACGAUGGUGAUAUCUCAGUGAUCGAUGUUACACCUAGCUCUGCAACCAAGAAGUCGACGAAGAAGUACGAUCGCGACCUUGCAUUUCCGACAUAUUGGACUGAGGUGUGCUCCCCUGCUACACACAAAUUCAUACCGAUAGAUCCUAUCGUGCUGUCCACCAUCGCUUCGAAUGAUGAGCUUUUGCAGACGUUUGAGCCUCGAGGGAAAAAGGCCGAGUAUGCUAAACAGGUCGUGUGCUACACGAUUGCGUUCUCGUCCGAUGGAACCGCUAAAGACGUCACAGUACGGUACCUCAAGAAGCAUCAGCUUCCAGGUAAGACAAAGGGCAUGCGCUUGCCUGCUGAGAGGAUCCCAAUUUACAAUAACAGAGGCAAGGUCAAGAAAUAUGAAGACUAUGACUGGUUCCGGACCGUAAUGUCGUUGUAUGACCGCCCUGAUGCCAAAAGGACGCCUGCCGAUGACCUCGAGGAGCAAACCGAUCUCAAGCCCUUCAAGCCGGUCAAGGAGGAUAAAGAGGCUGAGAAAGAGAGUCUGCAAUGGUACAAGCAAUCUGCAGAGUUUGUUUUAGGCCAGCAUCUUCGCCGCGAAGAAGCCAUCGUGCCCGGGGCGACGCCUGUGAAGACCUUCACAGCUGGCAAGGGAGACAAGGCCAAAGAUCACCCGGUUUACCGGCGCGAAGAUGUCGCCACAUGCAAGACUGUCGAGUCGUGGCAUAAAGAAGGUCGUGCUGUGAAAUUCGGCGAGCAGCCGAUCAAGCAUGUCCCAAUGCGCGCUGUUACGUUAGUGCGCAAGCGUGAAAUGGAAGAGGCCUUCCGUGAGACUGGAGAGAAGUUGACACAAGGCCUAUAUAGCUGGGAUCAGACUGACUGGAUCAUUCCGCCGCCAAUUGAGAACGGUGUCAUUCCCAAGAACGCCUUCGGCAACAUGGAUGUGUAUGUGGAAACCAUGGUACCGAAAGGAGCUGUUCAUCUGCCGCUCAAAGGCACUGCCAAAAUCUGUCGGAAGCUGGAGAUUGACUACGCAGAAGCAUGCACCGGCUUCGAGUUCGGCAAGCAACGAGCUGUGCCUGUUCUUACAGGUGUCGUUGUAGCCGAGGAGAACGCUAAAUUGGUGAGAGACGCUUGGGGAGAAGAGCAGAAAGAGAUUAAGCGGAAAGAAGAUACUAAGAGGACCGCUGCUGCUCUGCAUUGGUGGCGCAAGAUGUUAAUGGGCAUGCGAAUCGUGGAAAGAAUGCGAGCUGAGUAUGCCAACGAUGGUGCUGGCGAAGAUGAGGUCAACCCAUUCGUGAGCAAAGCGCAAAGGGAAGGCCGGGAGACCAUGCCCAUGGCUGGAGAUGCCGGGGGCUUCUUCGCCCCGGGCCAUGAAGAGGAAGAGGUACCGCAGGCGCGUAACCACCAAUCGAAAGCAGGAAUGGGAGGUGGCUUCUUGAACGACGACGACGAAGAAAAUAAUGACCAAGACCACGAGGAAGCCCAAUCUCCCGAGGGCAUAGGAGGUGGUGGCUUUGUUGUUGAAGACGAUCCAGAUCAUCCCGCGGCUCCGCAGCAAAAGAACGGCAAUCGUGCUCUGACCAAACCAGUGUCGCUUCAGUCUAUGCACCAAGUUCGAACCCAGCAAGGAGAGGAUGAGAGUAUGGGGGAGGAGGACGACGUUGGAGAAGAGCAAGAGCUUACUCAAGCUGCGAAGCGUUUGGCCGCUAAGAAGCUCAAGUCGAAGGGCAAGAAACCACCCGCAAACUCGAAAGGCAACCCAAAACUCAACCGAAGGGCUUCUGUACCGACGCUUCCAGACGAUGCCAGUGAUUCGCCUCUCUCUGAAUUGGAUGAUCACGAGAACGACGAAGAGAUGAGCGACUCCGAAGUCGCGCUCAAGUCGAACAAGCCUGCUUCGCCAAGGGUGAUGAUCACGCCACGAAAUGCCACUAGUCGACGUACGAGGAUCACUCGCCCUGCGAAGAAAGCUACACCAACUAGAAGCCAAUAUUUUGCUAAUGCAGACGACGACGAGGAAGACGAUGAUGACGAAAGCGAGGAGGAAGUCGUGAAGCCUACGCGGACGACUGCGAGGACGAGGAAGCGUGGAUGA